AUGUCCCAUGUUAGUCAGAUGCUACACAAAGCAUUUCACCAUCUCUUAGUAGGAACAAUCUCCACAUAUACUAACAAGGAGGAGUUCGACGAGGCGGAGAUGUCAUGUAUCCUGGCUCCCAAGGCGACGGCCGACGCGGCUUCCAAGCCAGCUGGCGAGGAGGUGGUACCUUGGUCGACCCCGGCCCGUUUGGCUCGCCGGCGGCCAGGCCGCUCUUUCCCUCCGGCGGGGGCAUCUCCUCCGUCAAGUGGCCGCUUCGUUCCGCUCGAAGAUCUGGACGUGGAGGAUGAGUGCUCGGUGGCGGAGGAGGUGGCGUGGGCUGGCCUUCAAGAUGAACCCGAGGUGCUGCCGAUCGACAAGGAUCUGGAUCGGGCGGCGCUCCUGGAGGACUUUUGGGACAAGAUCGGCUUCCCCGUGGCUUCGGCCAGGACUUGGGAGAGGCGCGCAUCACCGUUGGCGGUGGCGGUGCCGAGGGCACGCUCGUCGUCUCCUCCGCGCUUGGAACCUGCGAAGUUUCGUCGAGCUAUCUCUAGCUCGCCGCCGGGGAUGCGGAUUCCACGGCAGUCGGUGCGUCUGAAGGGCUGGAGAGGUCCGUUGCCCCCCAAGAGGUUCACGCCGCCGGCGGUCUUUGGUGAUUUCCUCGACGCAGCCGUCAAGGGAGCGCGACGGACGAUCGGCAACGCGUCCCCGCCGGCGAGCGACGCGGUGAUUCCGCCUCGCCACGCCACCGCCGCCUCGCAUCCAUCUUCGCCGCCGCCCCUACCUCCUGACCGACGCCCGAGAUCCUCGCCGUCGUCUGCUUCUCUCGAGCGCGCUCCACUUUGCCGAUCUUUUGUCGACGUGGUGUCUAAGGGCGCCGCUGGUCCCAUGGCCGGGCCGCCCCGUUCCGUGCCUCCGGGGAUAGCGCCUGCACCUCCGGUGCCGGCUCGCCCGCAGGUGGCGGCUUCUGCGUCGGCCGGCGGAGGGUAUCAAGGUCCUCCGGGGUUCCAAGGAUGGCCGCAGGGGGCCCUCAUGCCACCAGCCCCUGCUGCGCAGCCUCGGCCCCAGGUGGGUUUUCGCCCGCCGCAGCCGCGUAUACCGACUACUCCGUUCAUGCCUCAACAACAGCCGCCGUAUCCACCGCAACAACAGUACCCUCAGUACCCGCCGCAGCAACAGUAUGCACAGUUUCAGGGACAGUUUUUUCCCUCUACUAAUCCCACGCAGCAGCCGGUGGUGUCUCAGAUACCACAACAGGUUAACCCGCCGGCGCAGCCUGGACAGCAGAAGAAGAGGAGGAAGAAGAAACCUGUCGCUGCGGUGGGGACAGCGGGAGGUGGCAACGGUGUGCCGUCGGCCAUGCUGCAGGGUUUCAUGCAGGACCCUCAACCGGCGGGUGUUCCUACGCCCGUGAUGGAGGCGGUUCCUGCACCUCUGCCGAUGCCGAUAGCUUCACCAGCUGUCACUGCACCUGUGGCGGCUGCACCAGUGGUGAAACCGAAGAAGGCGGGUCGUUGUUGGAAGUGCGCGGUCAACACGCAUGCUUCUAAAGACUGUAAGGUUCCACAUUACUACUUAGUUUGUGACUCUGGGGCGCACCCGACUAUUCGUUGCCCUGUGCUGAAGACCCCGAGACCCAUGAGUUUUUUUGUGGGUUGCGGUAAUGAUGCUACGCUCGAUCUCCAGGUUCCUGACUCAGUUUAUAAGCCACAGAUGUUAUCCAUCGGAGCACCUACAGCUUUGGUACAGGUGUUAGGGGAGGGGACUGUUGCAGCGACAGAUAUUCAGAAUCUCAUGGCUCGCAUGUGUCCGGGGAACCCCACUUGA